AUGUACACAAUAUUUUCAGCUUCUACCGAACGCUGGGAAAUUUUAAACAAAUAUUUAUAUGGUCUGACACUGAAGCUAGAUGGGAGUGUGGGAGUGUCGUAUGAAUCAGUUAAAGCAGUAAAAGAGCAAUUGCAAGAAACUAGUGAAGCACUGUUAGAAGUUAGCAAUACAACAAAAAUACCAGCAAUUCAAAUCGAGGCUAAAUCACUUCUUGAAUAUGAAAUGACUUUUGAAUUUAUUUUAAGCACGGUUAUAUGGUUUGAUGUAUUAAAAGCUAUCAGUAAAGUAAGUAAAACCUUACAACGUGAACACAUAUCUAUUGACUUUGCUUUAAAGAACUAUGUUGGCCUAAAAGUAUUUUUAACAGGAUAUAGAGAAAAUGGUUAUACAAAUGCAAAAAAGGAAGCUAUUAAAAUAUGUCAACAAUUGGAAAUAAUACUAGUUUUAAAAAAAAAUAAAUAUAAAAAGAAAAAAAAAAUGUUUGGUUAUGAAAGUUUAAGUAUGAGUACAUAUGUUUCUGAUAGCAAUGUUAAUUCUUUUAAAAAUGAAUAUUUUUUUCCAAUUUCGGACAAAGGGAUAGUUUCUAUAAAUGAAAGGUUUCAACAAUUGGACAAAUUUAAUGAUUAUUUUGGUUUCCUGUAUAAUAUUGGAAGUAUUUCUAAAAUGAAUAAAGAUGAUUUAAUGAAAAAUUGUAUGGAUAUUCAAAAUCUGUUAGAAGUUGGUGACACAAAUGAUAUAAAUGGUCGAGAAAUGUUCGAUGAAUUGGUCAUUCUUUGUGAGAUUAUUGAAAAAGACACGUCACCACUAAAAGUUCUAGAAAAUAUAUUUAGUUACUGA